AAAUUGUAGAGUGAGAGAACUAGGGUUUCCGACCAUGAGAAGAAGUCUCCGUCUUUGCAACAAGAGGAAAACAAAUGUUGUCCCCUUGGAUCUACAGAUCGAGAUUCUUAACCGCUUACCUGCAAAAUCCCUAGUUAGGUUUUUGGUCGUAUCCAACUCAUGGCAAGAAAUCAUCCGCAGCAAUUCUUUCAUCAGAUCAUUUCCCUUUCGAUCAUUGACUCAGGCUCAGCCUUUGCGUUUCCUCCUCGCUUUGCACGAUAAAGAUGACCAAACGGGACGCCUAAGUUGCAGCUUCUUCUCUUCUUCUUCUUCUUCGCUAUCGUCGUCCUCAACAUCAAUAUCAACCACUUUUCUAUCCAAAAUAACAUUUCCUCUCCGUUGUCGAGCCUCGUACCGUAGUUAUUACGUUAAUGGUCUGAUGAACAUUGGUGAGAUCAUAUGUAACCCUUGCACCGGAAAGACCAUAUCCUUACCAAGGGAUAAAAGACCAGCCUUCUCCACACGCUUUUUCGGAUAUGAUCCUGUCAAUAAUCAGUACAAAGUCUUGUGCAUCACCCCGCAUCGACUCUCAACACAGCAUGACUUUCAGAAAAUCAAAUUUGUAACCUUUCAGGUAUUCACAUUGGGAGCAAAACCAAAAUCAUGGAGAUUUAUCGAUUGUGACAUUCCUCACCGUACCUGGUCUAACGGUCUGUGUAUAGAUGGUUCUGUGUACUACAUUGCGUACACGGGCGCAGUAACUAUGAGUCUGAUGAGAUUUGAUUUGAACUCUGAGAAGUUUCAUAUCUUUGCUAGAGUAUCUGAAGAAAUGAAAGCUUUUUGUUAUUUGGAGAACGGUUCAAGAACUUUGAUAAACUACCAUGGCAAAGUAGCCACAGCUAUUCAAACUUCUUAUGAGCCACCUACAAUUGAUUUGUUCAUUUUCGAAGCAGGGAAACAGGAUUACAAAGAGAAGUCUUUCGAUAAUCUUCCCCAGCUUCAUUUGCGUGUGAAAAGUGUUAUUAAUCGAGCGGGUGAUGACAUUAUUUUUGCUCCUCACCAUUCCAGAAGUGUGGCUACUGUUAUCCACCACGAUCUCAAGGGAGCUAGUUUUAAGAUGAUGAAGUUUGAAGUUGACGUUAAGGGAGAUUGGUUUACUGAAUCAAAUUGUUUCGUGGAUUACGUAGAGAGUCUUAUGCUGCUGUAAGCUAGAGAGAGUUGUUAUUAUUUCCUUUGUUUGAUGUGGGAUGUUCCCAGUACAUUUCAUGGCUCUUGUCUCAACAUAUUUGUUCUCUCAUGUUCGCAUUCACUCUUUCCUCUUUUCAAAUUUCUAUUUAUAUAUGCACUACAAGAAAAAGUUCAUAUACCGAGGGCACAUAUUA